UUGCGUCGUCUGGAAUUUGUUUAGUUGUUUGUUGUUUUGUUUGGUAUUGUCUACUUAACUUACGCAUAAGUUCUGUGUUUGUAUACCAGCAGCUAACUUACCAAUUUUUUACAGUCAACUAUUUUAUUUUCUAAAGGUUUUUGUCAUGAUGAUAUAUCUGUAAACUAUUCAUUAUUAACAUCUUGUGUUGUGUUCUCCAAGCUCUAAUCACUCAAUCGCCAAAGGUUAGGGGUUGCCCAUCUCUACUCUAACUUAUCUGGCUUUUAUAAAUUUGUUUGUAUUAAUUUUACAUUAUAGAAUGGGUUUCGAUGGGAUUGAAAAUCACAAUGAUUCAAUACUUUCCUCAAGAAAAUCUGUAAAAUGGCUUGAAGUUCCCAUCCAAAAAUUUAAUGAAAUAGUUCCUCACUUUGUUCAAUCUCUCAAGACUCAUCACAGUAAUAUUAUUAAGCUUAGGAGGCUAGAGCAAUGGGAAGAGGUGCGGAGAGAAGAAAUAAGCGCUACACAAAUCAUAAAUCAGUUAGCUGCUUUGUUAAGUGAAAUGGAAAAUUUGCGGAGCCAAGUAACAGAAACAGAUUUGAACAAGUUUGACAGAUCAAUUAUCAGCUCCAAACGGAAUGCAAAAGCUGCCAUUAGGUCUUUCCAUGAUGCAUGCACACUGUCAAAACGCGGAGUUAGACCUGUUUCAAGUAACGAUGAAGAGUGUGAAAAUGAAGAUCAAGUGUCAGGAGAAGCCCAAUUAGUCGCUAUUGCUAACAUCUCAGAAGCAAUAAAAAUCAAAGAACUGACGGCAGCAUCCAUGGAAAGGCUUGAGGAAGAUAUUCAAGACAUCAAUUAUAUGUUUCAAGAACUGUCACAGAUGGUCCAUGAGCAAGGCGAGGCAGUCGAGCGCAUAGAGACUCAUGUGGAGACGACUCUUCACAACGUGACUAGUGGAGAACGGAUGCUGGCCCAUGCGGCUCGCCUCAAGAGCGGCAUGUACCCACUGAUGGGAGCUCUGCUGGGCUCUGUCCUGGGUGGGCCUGUGGGGCUCUUUGCGGGGUUUAAACUGGGCAGUCUCACAGCUGUGGGGGCUGGAGUUCUAGGGUUUACUGGUGGAAAGAUGAUUAAACACAAAGAAGAAACACUCAUCAGUGCAUCAGAUCUCCACAGCAAUGAAUUGAAAAGUCAAGGUUAACUGUAACCUAAUUAUUGAUUUAUUGGUCUAUUUUUCUUGUCAUGUUUUUUUAUUCUUCCAACAUAUCUAAGUCAACCCAGUGAUAAGAUCUCAUAAUAAAGUGUUUAAAAUGGAUUGUUACAAUCAUCAUUAGAACUAUUUAGUUUUUAUUGUAGUUCAAGUAAUAACCCUUUGAAAAAUGCUCACUGAGAUAGGCUGUGUAAAUAUUUCAGUUGUUUUUUAGAUUUGGUUGGUUUUUUAGUAUUUUGUGAAGUUUAGUUUCAGUUUUAUUUUUAUUUUGUUUUGAUACCUCAAAUCGAGCUUUAUUUCCAUAUUACGGUAAUAAAUAUUUAUAGAAGUGAAAUUUUCAUAUCUUGAGUAAACAAACAUUGUUAGUUUGUUUUUACAAAUCCUUUGAAAUUUGUAAAAACGAUUGCUACGUUUGAUUAUAUUUACACACAAAACAGUUGUUUAUUGAUUGCUAUUAAUUCAUUGGUAAACCCUUAACUGCUCCUGCUCACUGCAGUUUGCCAAUUUUGUGGAUUUGAAUAACAAAGUAACAAAUAUGGAGUGAAAAAUCUGCUUGGUUCCUGUUAUAUAAUUAGUCAUUAUUAAUGUGUUCAAGAAAACUUGUAGCUAGAAAUUGAGCGUAGUAUUUAGAAUAGUACCAGACUGAAUAUUAAACAUGAUACAAUUAGAAUUUAAGACUCCAUUACAGAAUUGCCUUUUAUAGUUUUGACAUAUGUCUCAAUUAUACAAUCUUUUUAUCCAUACAAUGAACCCUUAUUAAUCUAGACACCAAUAGUAGCUCUUGUUUAAUCCAUUCAGCUAAGUUAGAAAUCCACCUCUGAAAACUACUCAUGUUUGUUUAGUAGUGUGUGAUAGAGAUUAUCAAUGUGCAUGGAGUGCAAUCAAUGGUGGGAUUGGUGCCGUCCUCUGUUGUGGAAUUUUAAUUUACAGUACUUUCGUGGUUUUAGUUGUAAAAGUAGUUUAUUUCAUACAAGUAGUACCCAAUCGGUCCUGGAAUAGCGCUGUCUUUUUUGUAAUUAAUUAUUUUAUUCAUUAUGGACGACAAGGAACCCAAAUCAGACAUCAGUCUAGAUUAAGAAGGGUAUUACAGUAGACUCCCUCUUAUCCGGACACCUUUUAACCAGACAUCGGUUAAACUGGACUACACUUGGUGGAAAUGACAUCUCUAACCGGAAAAUUUUUUAUCAGCAAAUUGGUUUAACCAUACAAGAUCGGCAGGAAGUGGGCGGUACUGAAACAACUGUUCUCGUGGGAAAGAUUUGGGACCAGUGAUCACGUGUCUAAAUACAAUGCUCUUCUAAAUUUAAGUCGAAGAUCACAGUAAACGGUCUGUUUUAACGAGUUUUCGGGAACGUCGGUUUAACCGGAAAAAGACUGGUCCCGAGGAAUCCGGAUAAGAGGGAGUCUACUGUACUACUUGUUUACAGCUGCAAAACAGUAGAAAUAAUUGGUUUUGUCACAAUCCCAACCUUAGAUUUACUUCACACAAGUUCUAUUUUGUAUUCCUAUGUGAAUGCCUUUUAUAUGGUAGGUUGAGAACAACAAUGCCAGAUAUGGCGGUUAUUAUUUCCACCAAUAAUGUAACUAGACUGACAAUCUAUCCAAGGUUUGGAGGUUGUUAGAAAAAAAAGGACAGUAUAUUUACUGUGUUGUCAGAAAUCAUUAUGUUAAUUUUGUGAUCAAAUUUAUUAUUUUUUUUUACUUUAUCACAUUUUAAUAUUUUAAUUAUUAUGUAUUGUAUUUCACAAAAAGUACUAAAUGUAUUUUUGGAAAACAGAAAUAUUUCAUUAUGUAUUUAUUAUAUGCAU